AUGAUAUCUCUAACCCAGCCUUUUAUCUCCCUGAAUACAGAUAUAGUAACUCCAAACGGUUUGAAUGUAAAAAAGUUCUCUGCUAUGCAUGAGUUUCAGAAUCUGCACGCCCAAAGUAAGAAUCGCAUACAAGAGUUUAUCCGGGGACAUUUUUACGGGCACCUAGACUUCAAUUUGGACAAGACCUUGUUUUUCUUCAUUGCUGGGCGCUAUGAGUUCUCUAACAAAGGAGCUGAUGUUUUUUCUGGAGGCCUUGGCAAGACUCAACUACCUUCUAAGGGUGAAUCAGAGUGAUGUGACGGUGGUGGCAUUUUUCAUUAUGCCUGCACGGACUAAUAAUUUCAAUGUGGAAACCCUGAAAGGUCAAGCCGUACGAAAACAGUUGUGGGAUACAGCCAAUGCAGUAAAAGAAAAAUUUGGAAAGAAAUUGUACGAGUCACUGUUAGUAGGGAAUUUACCUGACAUGAACAAGAUGCUGGAUAAAGAAGACUUCACUAUGAUGAAGAGAGCUAUUUUUGCUACACAGAGACAGUCAUUCCCUCCAGUCUGCACACACAACAUGCUCGAUGACUCUACUGACGCAAUCUUAAACACUAUUCGAAGGAUCGGUCUUUUCAACAGUAGUGCAGAUCGCAUAAAGGUAAUUUUCCAUCCAGAAUUCCUCUCCUCUACAAGCCCACUUUUACCAGUAGAUUACGAGGAGUUUGUGCGUGGAUGUCACCUUGGGGUCUUCCCUUCUUACUAUGAACCCUGGGGCUACACGCCUGCUGAAUGUACUGUGAUGGGGAUCCCCAGUAUUUCCACCAACCUGUCUGGAUUUGGGUGUUUCAUGGAGGAGCACAUCGCUGAUCCCUCUGCCUAUGGAAUUUACAUCUUAGACAGGCGUUUCCGCUCGGUGGAUGAUUCCUGCACUCAGCUCACGUCCUUCCUGUACAGCUUUUGCCAGCAGACACGACGCCAGCGCAUCAUUCAGAGAAACCGCACAGAACGCUUGUCUGACCUCCUUGAUUGGAAGUACUUGGGCAGGUAUUACACGUAUGCCCGACACAUGGCGCUGGCUAAGGCAUUUCCUGACAACUUUACAUAUGAACCCCAUGAACCCACUGGUGCCGCAGGGUUCCGUUAUCCACGUCCAGCAUCUGUGCCACCCUCUCCUUCUCUGUCCCGCCACUCCAGCCCACAUCACAGUGAAACAGAAGAUGAUGAGAGAUAUGAUGAGGAAGAAGAGGCAGAGAAAGAUCGCCAGAACAUCAAGUCGACGGCCAUGUCCUCUGUGGGGCCAGUUCCUGAGUGGCGUAAACGCUCCCAAAAAGGGCUCAAUAGAUGCCAGCUACUCUAGUAAUGCUAGCAACGCAAGCACUCCCACCAACCCCAGCAGCCCAAGUGACCUCAGCAGCCCUACCAGUUCUCUCAUUGAGGAGAGGAACUAA